GCAGAUCACGGCAUCCUUCCCGCCAAUGCAAGUGCAAUGGCGUUGGGGCGGUAUUCUAUGUGAAGCCUGGAGCUAAAUAUUGAAGAAGAAGAAUCCUUCCCGCCAUUGAAAAAAACAAUUGAUCGAUGGCAAAUUAAGUUGGCGCUGUCUUUUGACAACGUGCGCUCUCGUUGGUGCUAUUUACGACGUGAGACAACAGAAUAAUUUAACAGUGCGUUAGAAUAGAUAAUAUAUUCGACGAAUCGGGUCUCAAAGAACAUCAGUAUGUGUGUGACGAAUGAAACGCAUAUACAUACAUAUAUAUAUACGAAAACGUAUCGAUACAACUCAACAAGAGAUUACCUAUCGGCUUAAACAUUUUCAUGAUAUCCGAAUUAUCAAGAACAGGCAAAUAGUAUGUGCUUCCUGUGGCAAUCAAUUGAAAGUUGAAGCAGGGCAUGUUUUUUCUCAUCCAUUAUUGGAAUUAUUGCAAUGUGAGACAUGCCAAAGACACUUUAAACAUAUAGAUAAAGCAUGUGAUGAAAACAUUUGUUACAUAUGUGGUCAUCAUAAAAAGUUAUAUGUAUGUAGUGAUAAAAAGUGUCUGUCUACAUUUUGUAAGAAUUGUAUAAAAAGAAAUACACCUUUAGUGUUACUGGAUGCAGAACAUGAAAACUGGAAAUGCUUCAUAUGUAAAUCUAGACCACUCUGGGAUUUAAGAGGUGUGUGUGCUGCUGUAAUGGAUACUCUCCCCAAAAGGUGUAACAGGAGUAACGUCUUCAAGACUGAAAAACGUUGCUUACCAUCACAGAAAGAAAAAAUAGAGAAAACUAGAAAGGUGCAACGAAGCUUGCGAGCGUUAUGUGAUGAUGAUGAGGAUAGUGUUUCUGAACCAAGGCCGUCUUUCUCUGCGAGAUUUGCAAAAUCUAUAAGAGAGGCGAAUAAUAGACAGUGUCGUCGACUACAAACGUUAGAAGUAACCAUAGUGGAUUCCGAUAUGACGAGCGAAAGUGAGGUGGACCUCCGAAGGAAGGUCAAGAGAGAAAGAAAACCUAUUUCAAGCAGUCGGGACUCUAGUAGCUCGUCGCAGGGUUCAGUUUCAAAGUCAAUUGUGAGUAAAAAAGAAGUCUCAAAGAGAAACAGAGAUUCUAGUAAUUCGGAUCUUAGUUUAGUUACAGUAUCAGAUGAGAUUACCAAAACCCAACCUACAAAAAAAUCCCACAAUGAAUCCACCAAGAGACAAAAGAGAAAGAUCCAUGUAUCCGAUGCUUCAGAUAGUGAAAAUGAUAAAGGCAAUCCUACAAACAAAGUAUCGAGAACAUCCAAAAAUUUAUCAAAGCAUAAGCAACUAGAUAAAAAGAAGAGUGCUACUUUGCGUAACAGAGCGGCUAAGAACAAGGAUAAAAAGUAUCACGAUUCAACUAGUGAAUCGGAAGAUGAAGAUGAGGACGAAGAUGAGAUUGAAGAUAUUGAUAUCAAAAAUACAAAGCGAAGCAGAGAGAAGCAUUCUGCAAGUCGUACUACAUCACACAGCGAAGGUAACGAAAUGCAGAAAUACGAGAAACGUGAAAAUUCGGAAAGACAACCUCUUCGGGAAGAUGACUCGGAUUCUAGUAGUAAAGAGUUUCAAAAAGAAAAAUUGCUUCGCACAAAGUAUUCUUUAAGAAAGUUGAAAGAUUUAGUUAGAGAUUAUACUAAGUUAGUCACUGCGGAUAGUCCUUCAAGUGAGAAGAUCACAAAUAGAAAGGAUCAUUGUAAAGAUAACUCGAAUUUAACUUUUGAUGAUGUAAAGAAGAUCUUGAAGGAAUGCAAAAGUGUAUGCUCGUCAUUUCAAAAGUAUAUCGAAUUCGUCGAAAAACUAUACGAGAAAGAAAACGAAGACAAACUUGUAAUAUUAUCUGCACGAAAGGUAGAUAAAUAUACAACGGCGUUGAGUGAAAAGCGGAAAGACCUGAUGAGUAUCUGUGAGUCGUGGUCUAAGAGGCCUCCAGGUCUAAGGAACGCUCCGAAGAAAGUAUACAAAAAAGUCAGUCACGAUGAGCGAUCUUCUGACGAAUCCGAUACACCGAUAAAAUGUAAAACGCAGAAGAAUGAAUCUCACAAUUCGAAAAAUCAACAGGACGACAUAGAAGUGUCCGAAUGUGACAGCGAAGAAAUAUUUUCAGCGAAUGAGAGCAGGUCACCGCAGAAAAUGCGCACUACUCAUAAAACAGAUCCACCAAAAAUAGAUAGCAGCGGCACUGAUAACGAUGAGUACAUGGACGCACAAGAAGCGUUAAACAAGUCGAAGGACAGUACAAAAAGUACCGAAAAUUUGCGAGACGCCUUGGUCGCUUCCCCGGUAUUAGGUACGUCGGAACAGAAAAAAGCUAAUACGGAAGGAUCGAGUAAACAACUGGAUAACAGGAAAGAAUCUAAUGAUGCCGACAACAAGGCACAAACGAAGAACAGAAAUAACGAUCUUGAGAUUAAUCAAGCGAAAUCAGCCAGUUCGAGUGAUCAUGAGAACGAAAUCGAUGUCGACAGUCCUUCCUUGAAGAAGACCACGAAGAAAACAACAUUGCAAAACAAUAAUAACGCACGAGCUAAUCUCGCAGCCGACAAGGAUAUGAUCAAUGAAUCGAUAGAUGAUCUAUUCGAUUCUUCUUUCGACGGGAAUGUGCAGGACAUGGAUACGCAGAAAACGGAUGCGGAAACGAAUAAUGAUAAAGCAGAACAUGUGCCUAAAACUAAGUCUGCGAAUAACCUCAAUGCUUGUGAAACUCUCUCGAAAGAUGAAGCAAAUUAUGCAGCGGCUGAUGCCGACAAUGACGAAAUUCCAAGUGUGGAACGCGAAACAACUUCGCCUGAACGUAAUGAAAAAGAAGUGGAUUCAGCGAGUCGUAAUGAUCUUGAGAAAGUGGAGUCCGCAGCGAGCAAGAAGAGCCACAAUGUUGAUAAUAAUAAUUCGGAGCGAGUUAAUGAAGCAGCCGAAAAAGCAGAUAGCGACGACGCGGAAUCCCUCGAGAUUGCUGAAGCAUUGGCGAAACAGGCUUUGCUACAGUCGGAUUCUGAGAAUAUUACAAACGACUCGUUACCCGACACGAGCUUGACUAAACCGAGUGAAAACGCAGUUGCAGAUGAAACGAAGGAACACAGAACGGAAGACAUUGAUUCCGAUGUCAGCACGCUAGUCUUGUCCCCAGUGAAGAAUAAAGAGGUGGCGAAGGAUACUGACGCGAAAGCUGAGACAAACCCCAAGAACAAGAGUAACGAUAAACUGAGCGAAGCUGAGAAGACGAAAAAUUUGUCGGACGAAGAUCGCAAGGCUGAAGAAACUGCCAAGAAAGCCCUCUUGGCGGGCAGCACCUCGGACGACUCCACGUCGUCACCAUCGCGAGAAUUGGAAGAGAACGCCGCCGAAAAACGUAAAAGUAAAAAGAGUAACUUGGACACCGUAGCUUCUGCCAAUAUCAAAGCGAAGAAAGCGCUUUUAGCGUCUUCCAAUAGCGACACUUCCUUUUCCGAGGCCAGCGUGUCCGAGACAGCCGUAUUGAAAACCGGCAAAAAGAACAGCAAACGUAAACGCGAGAUCGAGUCCGACGCGAAGUCGGCCCUUCACGCGGCGAAAAAGAAAAAACUGUAUCUUCACAAGAAUAUCCAUUAUAUGAACGACGAGAAAUUGAGAAUGAUCUGCGAGGUCCGCGUAAAGCGAUUACCCAAGAAGAUCCUUAAACGCUACUCGCACGCGUUACAAAAGUCCAAACGAUAUCUGGAACAUAAGGCGCUGAAAAGUCUUGUUAACUUGGACACGAUCGAAAAGAGAUACAAAAACACAAAAAAAGACUCCGACACGUCGACGGAUGAUGAUAAUGAUGCAUCGUCAAAGAUCUCGAGAAGAUCGAAUAAGGGAAAAGGGAAACAAGCAACCAAAGAGACAGAGGAGUCUUUGAUGGAUCACUUGAAAAAGGUAGAGAACGAGGACCCGUUGAGUAUACAAGCGAUUUAUAGUUCCGACGAAUCUGCUGAUCGAAUCGCAAAAGUAGACACCGCGAUUGUGUCUAACGAGGAUUUACUGUUAGAGGCAAAUAAAGCCGCGAAACAGAAUCUGUUAAAUUCUACUGAUUCGGAUGCUGAAAAAGCAAUGGUAUCGGACAAUGAUAGCACAAGCCACGACGACAAAAAUAAGAAGACUGAAAAUAAGAAAAAGAAAUCUCAGCCCGAACAAAAGAAAGACGAAAGAAAGUCAGACGAGAGUAAGAAAGAGAAAAACGAGAAAAGUAGUUGGAGACGAAAUAAAAUAUUGACAUUGAAAUUGAGUGACACAGAUUCCGAUGCUGAGAAGGAAAAAUGGAAGAAAAAGCAAGAAAGAUUAGAAAAAGAGGAAAAGAACAACAGCGACUCUGACGAGGAGAAAAAAUCUAAAUUGAGGCAGAAGAAAAAGAAAGGCGGACGGAGAAUUAUAUAUUCUGAUUCAGAUAUCAAGAUAACGGAUUGCGAUUCAGAUUCAAGUUCCGAUAGCUCCUUUAAAGUGUCGGACUUAAAGAAAAAUUCAAGCGAUUCCGUCAUCUCUCUAGAAUCAGCCGAUAAGAAGAAACAAAAGGAGAAACUGAAGCGGAGGCGCAAACGUCGUGAUAGCAAGUCGUCAGAUACGGAUUCAUCGUUCGAAGAGAAGAGGCCAAAACCGAAGCGUAAGCGGAUUAAAAAAAUGGCAUCUGAUAGUGAUAGUAGCGAUGUGAUAGAAACCUCCCAAGGUACACCCAACAAAAGUGGUCGAAAGAACAUUAGGAAAGUUCUGAAGGACAAGCAGGUGGCGGAGGAUACAAAACAGGCGGCCAAGGAGGAAGAGGAGAGGCUUAAGCGUAUCGCUGAACGUCAAGCUCUGUAUAAUGAGAUGUAUGAAAUGAGACUCGCGGGAGAGGAAAAAAUAGACAAGCUUGUUUUGGAUUUCGACACGACUACGAAGGAAGAACUCGUGAGUGUGCAUGAGGGUUUGGUGAAGCGUUUGAAGCCGCAUCAGGCGCAGGGCAUCAAGUUCAUGUGGGACGCCUGUUACGAGUCCCUCGAGAGAAUAAAAACCACCUCCGGAUCUGGAUGCAUAAUCGCGCACUGCAUGGGUCUGGGCAAGACGCUGCAGGUGAUCGCUUUAACGCACACGCUCCUAACUCACGAGAUGACAGACACUAAAACGGUAUUGAUAGUAUGUCCCUUGAGUACGGUUCUCAAUUGGGUGCAAGAGUACAAAACGUGGCUAGCUAAUAUGGACGACGACGUUGAUGUGUACGAGCUGACCAAAUUUAAGAAAAAUUUCGAGAGGAAGUGUCAGCUACAGGUAUGGCAACGAACCGGCGGUGUGCUGAUCAUCGGUUACGAAAUGUUCCGCAAUCUCACCGGACCGAACAAAAAUAUUCGGAAGGGCAUGAAGGAGACGAUACUGGAGUGUUUAAUCGAUCCAGGCCCGGAUCUUAUCGUUUGUGACGAGGGUCACUUGUUAAAGAACGAGGACACUGCGUUAAGCAAAUGCAUAAGAAUGGUGAAAACUUUGCGACGCAUAGUACUCACUGGAACACCGUUGCAGAACAAUUUAAUAGAAUAUCAUUGUAUGGUGCAGUUUGUGAAACCAAAUCUGUUGGGCACGAAGAAGGAAUUCCUGAACCGAUUUGUGAAUCCGAUAACGAACGGUCAGUUUGACGAUUCUACGGAAUACGACGUCAAAUUGAUGAAGAAACGUGCGCACGUAUUGCAUAAGAUGUUAGAGGGUAGCGUACAGAGGUUCGAUUAUUCCGUGCUCACGCCGUUCUUACCGCCUAAGCAAGAGUACGUUAUUUUCGUCAGACUGACGGAGACGCAAAUUAAAAUGUAUCAGUAUUACUUGGCUAAUCUCGCAAGACGCCAUCAUGGCAUGGGAGGAUCUCUCUUCGCAGAUUUUCAAGCGUUGCAAAGGAUCUGGACACAUCCUAUAGUUUUACGCUUGAACGCGGAGAAAAUAGAAAAGGCAAACGAGAAAAAAGGGCUUUCCACCGAUUCGGAGGGUUCAUUAAAGGAUUUCAUUAACGACGAUUCUACCGACGCAGACACCUCUUCUAGUGACUCGAGCAAUGAUAGUGAUGUUCAGACUAUCGACGAUACGAAUGUACCAAGGCGUAAAACGAGAAAUAAUCCAGGCGUUGACGAACCAGAACCAGAACCACCGGCUAAGGAAGCAGAAGUAGAAUGGUGGUCACAAUUCGUGCAGCCUGAGCAUUUCGAAGACAUGAAAGUGUCGGCGAAAUUGUUACUUCUCUUUGGCAUUUUGAAAGAAAGUGAGCAAAUUGGCGACAAAGUGCUCGUGUUCUCGCAAUCUCUGUACUCGCUUACUUUGAUUGAGGCAUUCCUGCGGAAAAUCGACGAUGAGACGCAGAGCGACAAAUGUCUGGAGACGCUGGACAAUCAUACGGGAAGCUGGUGCUUAGGUCUCGAUUAUUUUCGCUUGGACGGUCAAACAUCAGCCGAUAACAGAAGUAUGUGGUGCAAGCUAUUCAACAAACCCAGCAACAUCAGAGCAAGACUGUUCCUUAUAUCCACGCGUGCCGGCGGACUGGGAAUCAACUUGACCGCAGCGAAUCGAGUGAUCAUCUUCGACGCCAGCUGGAAUCCCUCUCACGACGUGCAAAGUAUAUUCCGAAUAUACAGGUUCGGACAAAAGAAGCCGUGUUAUGUAUACCGCUUUCUCGCGGCGGGAACAAUGGAAGAAAAAAUCUAUAAUCGUCAAGUCACGAAGCUGUCGUUGUCGUGUCGAGUUGUGGACGAGCAGCAGAUUGAACGACAUUAUAGUAAUCACAAUUUGAACGAAUUGUACACGUUUGAGCCAUACGAUACGGAGAAACCUACGUUAAAUCUACCUAAAGAUCGACUCUUAGCGGAGAUAUUUCUUAAGCAUAAGGAUAUCGUGGAAAAUUAUCACGAGCAUGAUUCUUUAUUGGAGAACAAGGCUGAGGAAGAAUUAGACGAAGAAGAGCGCAAGCAAGCCUGGCUAGAAUAUGAAGAGGAGAAGAAAGGAAAACCAAUGAUAAUGGCUUAUCAGAACAAUAUAUACCAGCAACAGUAUAAUAUGAUGAUAAAUGCUGAGCAAAUUGGUCUGUUGGGUCCGAAUUUCUCUCUGCAAAGAGGAUACGAAGAUCUUCAACAAAUUAUUCAAAAAGAUUUUCCUAAUGCUACACCAGAGCAACAGAAGAUGAUGGUAAACCGAACCUUAGCAGACAUGUACAAUUACUGGGAGCAACAAGCAGUACUUCAGCCUGUUAGAAAUACAGUGCCACUUCCGACCUAUCAAUUGACGUUCCCAGGGCCACAAGCCACGACUAGCAAUAACGCGCACCAAUUGACUCAGUUACUUAAGGGACAAACAGUAAAUUAUGGAAACGUAAAGCAGUCCGCGCAAAGUGGAAUGAAUUUAUUACAGAAUCAACUUACAUAUCGAAAUGUUCCGGCUAACAAUGCGAGAAAUGCAGAUAAUGAAAUAGUCGAGAUGGCCCCUAGUACCAGUAAUACUGGUGCGUUAAAUGCACAAAUGGCACAAGUAGUACAACCAGCUGCUACAAACAAAAAUCAGGAGGAGUAAGAAUUUAUUUAUUUUAAUUUUUACUAUUAUUAAUUCAUCAUCGUUUAUAAAUUAUCUAUAUAUACAUACACAUAUAUAUAUAUAUAUAUAUAUAUAUAUAUAUAUAUAUAUAUAUAUA